GACUCCGCUACAAACAACAUGUGUCCCUGCUGACGGUCCCUCACUGGACAGAAGAAGAGGAGCGUCUCAACCAACCGGUCAUUCUCCAUCCCAACAUGGCAGACGACCUCUACAGCAGCACCUUCUCUGCUUCUGAAUCAGACUUCUCCUCCUCCUCUUCCUCCUCAGCCUCCGCCGCCUUCCUCACGCUCGAGCAGAGGGCGGCAUUCAUCUUCGUCCUCAUCCUCUUCAUCUUCCUGGGCCUGCUGAUCGUCCGCUGUUUCCGGAUCCUUCUGGACCCGUACCGGAGCAUGCCGUCCUCCACCUGGACGGACUACAUGGAGAAGGACACCUUUGACUACCGGAUUUCCUGACAGGCAGCCUGAGAGGCAGCAACCCUGACAAUCAACAUGGUUAAACUGAGACGACGAUCACACUGAGAGAGAAAAGCAGAAACACAAGCGCACAUUUCCCCUCUAGUGGUGACUAUGGUGUAGUACAGGAGAGUGACCAGAGUAAAAACUUAACGAAAUCAAAAUAAACGACUAAAGAAACCAUAGAUGGAGAUAAAACAACUUCAUUAAAGAAGGGGCUGCACAAAGAGCACUUAGUCCCCAAGAAGUCAAAAUUGAUGUUUUUAUCUCAUAUCUCUUGUGCUAUACGUCACCUUUACUCCAGUAUCUGGCCCAACAAUGACAGAAAAGUCAUUUUUCAGGUUUUUCAGUUAUUCUUAAUGGUGUUUCAGAAUUUGUUAUCUCCUGAAAAACAAAGUAUUUUAUUUUUAAACUAGUAAAUAUUUUCUGAUGUCCUCCGGCUGCUCAGCUUCAACUCUCUGUGAUUUACAGAGUUUCCUGAUGGAUAGAUAGCUUUAGCUAAAGUAGCUAACUGCCAUCAGCUGUAACUGUAUCUGCCAU